AUGAGAACCGUUCCCUGGUUCUCGUUUUUCGCUGUCUUCGGCGUCAUUUCCGUCGACGUCGAUGUCGACGUCUUCAAUGAGACUAUCAAAGACUUGCUCAGGUUCCGAACCUUCCCACCAAGUGAGUAUUUACAUUUAACCUUUUGUUAUUUCAACCUGAACAGAAAAUAUAAGUCCUGAUUCAAAAGAUUUCCAAAUUUCAGACGAAACCGUGCACCGAAAGCUGUCACACGCGGCCACGCGCCACAUGCGAACAAUUUAUGAUGUUUCCAUCAUUUUUACUCUCAGUAAUAAUAGUUUCAAAACUUACAGAACAUUGUCGAGGACGAUGGCUGUGACGAUGGAAAUCUUGUCAGGGCGAUUGACGCUUCAGUCGGUGAGGGAUCUGAAACCAAAAAAUUAGACAAAACAUUUUGAAUUAAGGAAAGUUCAACGGAGAAGAAGUCCUUGUUUUCGAUGUCGACGGUUUUGCAAGUGACGAAUCGGUGAGUCGAAAUUCAGAAUUAUUUAAAAUAGUCUUUGUCUCAGCCAAAUAUUCGAUAGUGGUAUUGAGUUGAAAAAAAUUUCAAUUCUUACUGGCUAUAAGAAUUUCUAACAAAAAUAGUUAUUAUAUCUUUUAAAAAUACUCCCUUUUAAAGGCCUUCUGAUCUUUUUCGACAAACUAGAAUACGAAUCAACUAUAGAGUUUAUUCGAAGAGAGUCAUCAUCACAAGGGAGUAGGGCUCGGAAAAGUUUUGGAUCUUGCCGAAAAGAUCUGAGAUCCUGGUCGUACUAGAAAGAUACCUAGUCUUAAGCUGAGGAGCUGAUAUUUGCAUCUAAACGCAGAGAACUUCAACUUAAGUCAUGUUCCGAAAAACGCUACAACUCGAUCUUUAAAACUUCCCGAAAACUUAGUACGACCAAUACUCAGAUAAUGCGUGCCGAGCUGCACUUCACACUUCGCAAAAAGGAAUACGCCUUGGCAAGACGUAGAUCCCGUCAAAUCCGAGCCCGUUCUGUCUGUGUCAACGACUACUGCCGGGAACAGUCGUUGAAACGGAUUCACGGAGAAGAUCUCGAUGACGUCACCGUCGUCUGGGACGCGACCAAAGUCGUCUUCGAGUCGUUCCAUCUCGACGCAUCUCAAGUCGUUUUCAAGGUUUUCCCUCAUUAUUUCUGGCUUUGCAUAAAUAUUUUUUUGCUUUCUAAGUUCUACCAAUAAACUGCGACACAACAGUUUCUGACCUAGUUUCCAUUAAAAAAAUCCCAACAUCCAGCUCAGAUUCGAUCAAAAUUUCUUCAGAGCGCCCCGGCAACAUGAUAAAAUUUUAAAGGACUUGAAGAUCAAAAGAAAAUUUUUUUAAGAUCACUCGAGACCACACCAAGAUGCGUCCAUACGUUGAAAUGGUCCGGAAGAGCAGUCCAUUCCUGGUGAUCUAUUCCCAGGCGAACCACACAAUCGACACGGCCACCGUAACCCAGAGAGCCGAGAACACGCGGCGACAGCGGCGCCAAAUUGGUUCGUCAAUUAUUUACGGUGUCGGCAGCGUUUUAAGGCUAUUCGGUUGACUUGAGCUUGACGAGGUUGAUGCGGUGAAUUUGGUGAUCAAGAUUAGGCAGUUCGAGAGAUAGAGAUGGUGUUGAACUGAGAGAAAACAAGCCAAAUACUAGUAUACUAAACAAAUUAUUAGACUGAUUCCACGACUACCUAUUAUAUGUAUUCAUUUUCUAGGUGGCGCCUACUACUCGUACUCCUCGAAACUCGUCGACGAAAACGCACCAACGACUGUGAAGUCUCCGACAGGACGUCGACAUCGUCUCCGGAAGGAAGAAGAAGAUGACGAAGACGUCUGGAAGGGCUUCGGCGACAAUUCUGACGUCGAAACCUCUACCGAUGCUUCUAAUGACGUCCGUGUCGUGCUUCUGAAUGAAAAGGUGAGACUUCGACGUCCACCUUUUUGCUAGUUGCCUCUUCAGAAGUGCUCCAAACUCGGCAACCAGCUGCGACUGAAGGAAUUCGGCUGGAGCGAUGUGGUUAUGGAGCCGUCGACCUUCGAAACGUCCUAUUGUAAAGGAUCCUGCUCGGCACCAUUCUCCUCAGUGAAUUCCUGAAGUUAUGAGCUUUCUUGAUGGACACACCUUAAGGGAUCGAACCCAACGAAUCAUGCGAUGCUCCAGUCGUUGUUUGCCUCCAAUGAGCCCGUUUGUUGUGCUCCAGCUGGACUUCAGUCUCUCACAUUCCUCUACAAGUUUGUUUUUUUUUUUUAACUGAAAAAUUUAAAUAAUUCUCUAUAGAGAAUUUUUUUUAUUUAUUGCGUAUCGCUCAAUAAAAAAAAUUUAGUUUUUCUCUUUUUUUUUCUCCCCAAAAGUCCAUGAUUCCUCGGAAGCUAGACGUUUAUAACUCAACUACUCUCCGCUUUUAUUCCCCUAGUGACUAUUUUAAUUCAUGGAGAUUUCUCUAAACGACUUGAAACCGCCUGAAAAAAGACCAAAAAUUAUUUACAAGCCAUCCAUUUAUUUAAAUAGUGUUUUAAAUUUUCUGGAAAUGACCUGAAACCCUUUCCAAUGUUGUAGAAGAUAGUUCUGAAAAUCUCGACUUUUCAAGCUGAUAAUAUAUUAUUAUAACUGCGCUUCAAAAAUACUCUGUCAAUGAUUUAAAAAAAAAUCAAUUCGAAAUAGAAAUUUGAAUAAUGUAUAGGAAAGGCCUCAUAACUUCAAUCGCUUGGAAUAUCUUGGGAAUGAUUUCAGAGACGAACGCAGCCGCCUUGUGAUCCGCAACUACCCUUCGAUGACCAUCACUUCCUGCGCUUGCCUUUGA